AUGCCCGGACAAUAUGCAAUCUACCCAUCUCUCCGCGACAAGGUCGUUGUCGUAACCGGCGGAGCAGAAGGCAUCGGAGGCGCAACAGUUGAAAUGUUCUCCCACCAAGGCGCCAGGGCAAUCAUCCUGGACAUCUCAGAGACAUCCGCCCACAAACUCAUCGAAAAAAUCGAGACAGACGCCACACAAACGACCCAGAUCCCAACCUUCUACCAAUGCGACGUAACAGACCUCACCCGCCUCAAAACCAUCUCCGAAGACAUCAUCACGACCUUUGGGGGCGUCAACAUUCUCAUCAACAACGCCGCCUGUGCCGGUGGCAAAGCCCGAGCCGGGACUUUCGCAGUCGACGCCGAAACCUGGCAGUUCAAUAUCGACGUUAACCUCCGCCAUCAGUUCUUCCUAACGCAGUACCUUGCGCCAUCGAUGAAGAAGCUUGGCGGAGGGAGUAUUAUCAAUAUGGGCAGUAUCUCCUGGCGCAUCCCAGCGACAGGGCUGCCGAUCUACACUACCUGCAAAGCCGCCAUUCUCGGCUUGACACGUACACACGCGAGGGAGUUCGGGAAAGAUAGAAUCCGUGUCAACUCUGUGAUGCCGGGCUCCAUUGCGACGGAGAGGCAGAUUGCGGAGGUUUUGACGCCGGAGUAUAAGCAGGAGACGUUGGAUGCACAGGCGUUGAAACGGGUGUUGGUGCCUGAGGAGGUGGCUAGGGUGAUUUUGUUCUUGGCGAGUGACGAUGCGAGCGCUAUUACGGGAUCGAGUUAUUGCGUUGAUGGUGGAUGGGUCAGUGAUCCUUGA